AUAUUAUCUUAUCUUUGUCAAAGCUUCUCAAUUUCUCCAAGAAGAAUAUUCCAGGUUAUCUUCCCCCGAAAUUUCUGGCCAUAGCUCAUCCCUCUCCUGCCUAAUUAUAUAACCACACUUCACUUCAAUUGUCUCCAUAACCUCUCUCUCUCUCUCUCUCAGCAAUGGCUUGUUGCAUCGAUGAUUCAAGAAACCAGAAGGCAAGCAAUCACUUUUUUUACACUUCUGUAUGCAGGAUCCCAAAAAUCUUGAUACCCUGUUCCUCAAAAAUCAGUGAUCCUGCAAAAGUCGUUCCACAGGACGGGUACGAGGAUGAUCCUAUUUGGCUCACAAUACGAGAGGAGACCAAUUCCGAUGUAGAACAAGAGCCUAUACUGUCAAAUUACUUCAAUUUCUUGAUACUGUCACGUACUUCGUUGGAAAGCGCCUUGGCGAAUCAUUUGGCGGAAAAAUUGAGCAAUUCAAACCUGUCAACCGACGCCCUGUACGAAGUUUUCUUCGAUGCAAUGAACAGAGAUUGUGGCAUUAAAACUGCUAUAAGAGAUGAUUUAAAAGCUGUGAAAGAACGUGACCCCGCUUGCAUUAGUUAUGUUCAUUGCUUCUUGAAUUUCAAAGGUUUCUUAGCCAUCCAAGCUCAUAGGGUUGCACAUAAACUAUGGUCACAAGAUCGGGCCGUUGCAGCGUAUCUAAUCCAAAGUCGGGUUUCAGAGGUUUUUGCAGUUGAUAUCCAUCCGAGAGCGAAGAUCGGACAUGGGAUACUACUCGAUCACGCCACCGGACUUGUGAUCGGAGAAACGGCUGUGAUCGGAAACAACGUGUCGAUCUUGCAUAGCGUGACGUUAGGAGGUACAGGGAAGACUAAAGGGGAUAGGCAUCCCAAGAUAGGUGAUGGGGUUAUGAUAGGUGCAGGGGCUAAAAUUUUGGGAAACGUUAAGAUUGGUGACAGAGCUAAAAUCGGUGCUGGUUCGGUUGUGUUGAAGGACGUUCCCCCGGAAGCCACCGCGGUUGGCAACCCUGCUAGACUGGUUGGAGGAAAGGAUAUACCAAAGAUGUCUUAACUACAUUAGCACCUCCUUUUCGCUAUUUGUAGAUGCAAGAAUUUUUGUUGGGAGUUGAUUUUGUCACUUCUUUUUUUGUUAAUGUCACUCCUCUUCUCUCACAAAACAAAUCAUCUUAUAUAUAGACACAAAUGGGAGUGACAUUAACAAAAAGGGGAGUGGCAAAAUCGCUCCUCUUUUUGUUGUGUUGUAUUGUAAUUUUUCAGACCAAUUCCACGUUCUCACUUUUAAGUAUGAACAUGAGAUUGAUUCA